UGACAUAGUUUAAAAGGUACUAUGGAGGAAUAGUCAAAAAUUUCAGCAAACUACUGUAUUGUGAGAAGGUCCAAAAUGUUAGACUAAAGUCAGUUUACACAAUACCUCUGCCAAAUACUAUAAGGAAAUGCAUGUCCACUUGAAAGAAGCUUACAACAGUUUUACCUUAAAUAGAAACAGUCAAACCAAAUGUCAGACACUGAGAAAAAAACAAAAAAAAUUACAGUGCAUGUUAAAAAAUGUGCAAGAUAAAACCAUUUAAGUUAUUGUGUAAUGGUCUAGGUGAUCUCAAAUCUGUGUUGUAUGAUUGUCAAUGCCCCAAAUCCCAAGACGCCUACAUUUGUUCAGAAUUGAAGAAUUUCCUCUGUCUUUCUUCCCUUAGAGGACAUCAGUAUCUAAAAAAAAAACUUAUUUUUAAUAUAGUCUAAAGAGCGUAUUAUAAAAAACUCAUAAAAACAAAUAUUAUUUUAAAGUGUAUUAAAUUACUUCAGUUAAACUUGCAGCUGAUGUUCCUCAUUCCUUGUUUUAUGUCACAUGCUUUGCAUCAUACUACUGCAUAUUUGACCACAUGGUUUCACUUCUGCAUUCAUCUUGCUUCGUUUUACUGCAGACACUUUUGGACAAUUUACACACUGUCGUCUCUUCAAGAGGAAUAACGCUUACAAAGUUUUUCUCAAACUAUUAUGAUUUGUUUUUAAUCUGAUAUGGCUCUGGAAAAAGUUCUUCUUAUCAUGAGUCAGUUUCUGCUAUAUGGAAACGCAAUCAACAUCCAGUUUUUUCCAUGCGACGCUGAUGUGAAUUCAACCACAGUGGACUGCUCUAACAGGCCUAUCAAGCACAUCCCGAUCAUUAAGGCUGCGACUGUUUUAUCAAUCGAUUUGAGUGGCACUAAGGUGCAAGCAGUGAGGAACCAUGCAUUUGCAGGUGUCCCAAACGUUAAUAUUUUAAAAAUAAAAGGUAAUUGUCUCCCAGGUCAACUUAGGCUCCCAGAGCAGCAAGGAUGCAACAUGGAAAUUGAGCCCCAUGCCUUCAAGUUCCUUAAAAAUCUUACAUCUCUGCAUCUGUCGGGAAACAGCCUCACAUCUAUACCAAACUUACCUGAAAACUUGCUGUUUCUUGAUUUGCAGUACAAUUGCAUCUUUAACAUAUUUGCCCCUUUAAAGACUCCAAAUCUAGAGACUCUGCUACUCUCCAAGAACUGUUUUUAUGCCAACCCCUGCAACCAGUCUUUUUACAUCAAUGCAACUGUUUUUGGAGGAUUACCUAAACUCAAAAACCUUACAUUAGGGUAUGAUAAUGUAACAGCUGUCCCAAAAGACCUGCCAGCUUCUUUGAAGGUGCUGGAUUUAAGAGAGAAUACAAUGACAGAGGUCCCAGAAGGGUCAUUUGCCAACCUGACAGCCCUCGAGUAUCUGAAUUUGGAGUGGAACUGUCAGCGUUGCGACCAUGCAGCACGGCCCUGCUUCCCUUGCCCACAAAAUCGCCCUCUCCUGCUGCAUCCCAACUCACUGUAUUCUGAAAACAGCUCCAUCACAUUUCUGAGCUUAAGAGGAAAUUCCCUAAAAACAUUUCCAGAUGGUCUUUUUAGGCCAUUGAAGAAUUUAAAGGGACUGGACAUCUCUGACAAUCUCCUGGCAUUUGCUAUACAAAAUGGCACCUUUUUUCAAGAGCUGACUGGCCUCACUUGGAUUAGCCUCAUUUACAACUAUGAACCGCUGAAGACCUUUGGAAAACUGGAUCUCUCUCCAUACAUUGGCAACAUAUCGGGUUUGCAAAGGCUUUUACUCAGUGGGAACUUUUUCCAUACCAUAUCAAAAAAAGGUUUCCAUGUUCUGUCUCAACUCAAAAGUCUGUCAAAAUUAGAACUGAGAAUGAACUUUAUUAGCGAAUGCAAUUUGACUUCCCUGAAGCAGCUACCAUCUCUCACUGCCAUAGACCUCUCCCAAAAUAUGCUGAAUUUCCUUCCAUGCUGUUCUGAAUCAGCUGGAACUGCAGAAUCAGACAGCUGUCAGAACCAGAACUUGUAUUCAGGUGAUUUCCAAGACGUACACACUCUCAUACCAGACAGAGAAACAAGAACUAGUAGCCACAUUUGGCAAUCUGACCAGUCUAAUGGACCAGAAACGACAGAUGGCAGCGAGUGUCAAAUUCCAUCUCUUGAGAGCUUUAAAAAUAAGUAUUGUUGGCAAAAGCUAUCUUUUGACCUUUCUCAAAAUGACAUCUUAUCACUUAAUAAAAGAGUGUUUUCAGGCAUGGAAAAUGCAGUUUGUCUAGACCUUUCAUACAACUACAUGAGUCAGACAUUGAGGGGUGGGCAGUUCAAUAGCAUGACAAAUUUAGUCUUUCUUAACAUGUCCUUCAAUAGGCUGGAUCUUUAUCGUGAUGAUGCUUUCAGUGAACUUCGGUCUACAUUGAAGGUAUUGGAUGUCAGUAAUAAUGACUUUCACUUCAAGAUGAGAGGAAUGGGCCAUCGUUUUGAGUUUCUUAAAAAUCUGACUAACCUGGAAGUGCUGAGUCUAGCUAACAAUGGCAUCGGGAUGCGGAUAGAUCAAAGGCUGGUCAGCAGGUCCUUGCAAUACCUCUACUUCAGUGGUAAUCAUCUGGACAUCAUGUGGAAUGCUGACUACAAAACAUACAUUCAUUUCUUUCAGAACCUAACAAAGCUGAAAUUCCUGGAUAUCUCCAGCAAUAACCUGAAGUCACUCAAAGCAGAAGUACUGUGUAACCUCCCAGUGAGCCUUCAGAGCCUCUGCAUCAGCAGAAAUUCCAUGAAGAAUUUUCCCUGGCAAAACAUUUCAGCUCUGAGCAACUUAUGUCAUCUGGACCUAAGCUACAACUCUCUAAGUAAUUUGGUUUCCCAGGAAAUAAAAUUUGGAGACCAAUUUUCCUUUCUGGACCUGAGUCACAAUCACCUUACCUCAAUUCCUGACAAUUUCUUCAAUGAAGCAAGGUCUUUGCAGCAUCUGUAUCUCAAUCACAAUAAGAUCAAAGAGUUGAACCAUCAGCGUCUACCUGCACCCUUUCAAAAGGGGAGCACCCUUCAGACACUCACCCUGCACGAGAACCCAUUUAAAUGUGACUGUAAUACUUCAUGGUUCGUUGUCUACUUGCGGACUACUCCAGUAAACAUUCCUUAUCUGACAACACGAGUGCGCUGUGGAUACCCAGACUCUCAACAAGGUGUGAUUCUUCUGUCCAUAGACCAACAUUCCUGCCAGGACAUCUUUGGUAGCUUAGCCUUCCUAGUUUGCUCUUUCUUAUCUAUGACAUUUACUGCUCUUCCUCUGCUGAAGCAUCUCUACGGCUGGGAUGUGUGGUACUGCCUGCAAGUCUUCUGGGCACGACUCAAAGGCUACUCCCAGCUGCCCGGUGGUGUUUCAGAUCAUCACUACGACGCUUUUGUGGUUUUUGACACCGGGAAUCUCGCUGUGAGGGAUUGGGUUUACAAUGAGCUGACUGCUAACUUGGAAUGCUCUGGCCACAGAAGAUUUUCUCUCUGUUUAGAAGAGAGGGACUGGAUACCUGGCCUCUCAUGUAUCGAUAAUUUACACAGUGCUGUUCACAGCAGUGUGAAGACAGUGUUUGUGCUGUCCAGGAGCACAAAUGGAACUGAGAUGGUCAACGGUGUAAUCCGACAAGCUUUCUUCAUGGUUCAGCAGAGGCUUCUUGACGAAAAGGUUGAUGCAGCUGUGGUUGUUCUCUUGGAUGAAAUGUUUCCAAAACUAAAGUACCUCCAACUCAGAAAGAGACUGUGCAGGAAGUCUGUGUUGUCCUGGCCGAGAAACCCAAGAGCUCAACCCCUUUUCUGGAACCAGAUGAGAAUGGCAUUGUCAUCUGAUAAUCUCAAGUUUUAUGACAAUAACAUGAGUGAAAGUUUUAUAUGAUUGUUAAGUGAAAUAAUUAAAGUCCUGGGAAAAUAUUUACCCUCUUACAGAUUUGCUCUGUUUUUGCUUUUAAGUUUU